ACCGUUUACUUUCACACCUCCUUGAACCACCCCGGCAUCGCCGUCGUCGUGGAAGUGGUGGUGACGACCGAGAAAGGGGAUGGGAACUCUCAGCAUCUUUCCUGCGGUUUUGGAGUCAUCCCCCUCUUCAGCAGCGGGUCGAAGGCGAUGGACCCGGCCACCGAGGACAGGGCACUGAAGCUGUACCACGGGACGCCGCAUGCCCUGCUGCACCCGCGCUUCCAGGACCCCGUGGAAAAGAACAAAUACCUGACAGUGAUGGAGAAGAGCCACUUGCAGUAUGCCCUGAAGCCCCACCAGCCCCUGGAGACGAUAUUUCACCUCCUUCCCGAAAACCUUCUGAUAUCUGGGCUGCAGACCAUUCCCGGCUUGCUGCCGGCACGUGGAGACACGGGUGACUGCUUGCAGAAACCCCGGCUGAUGAAGCCGGUCACCUGCUAUCUGGAGAGGCUGUCUGUCCAACUGUACCCAUCCUUGGAGGAAUUUGAAGAAGAACUGCUGGACUUACUGAACAGCGAUCGCUUACUUCAGGCUAACGCCACGCCGGACGGGUUUGGGGAGCGGGGCUUCCCCGGCGGCGUCCCCAACGGCCUGUGCUUUGUCCAGGCACCGCAGGUAGCCGUGCUGGUGCCGGAGGUGGAGGCGGUGCGGGGCAGCUGCCCAGGGGUGCCCAGCUCUGCAGCCAGCAUCCAUCUGAGUGAAGUGGUCCCUCACCCGACAUUCAGGGUCUGCUUCCAGCUGGAGUACGUCUUCUGCAGCUCGGGGAGAGCCGGUGGGAAGGCCGACAUGCGCUGGGGGCGUUGGGCCGUCUGGAGCCCCGUCCGGGGCACCGGCGAUGCCGAAGUGGUCCUGCCCCUGCGCGGUGGUGCCCACCGUGGCCCCUGCCAAGCCUUGGUCUACCGGACCCCACCGAGCAGCAGGAGCUCCCGCCAGGGGAAGCACGUGGAGUCUGGGACUGUCCAAUUCCAUGUUUCCACUGAUGCAAAAGAACAUCUUGUAACUGCUGCGGAGAUCCUAUGUAAAGACAGGAACGAGUUGGAGAAGCCUCCUACGCUGUCGCUGAGUCCGCCAGCCCCGCAGCAAACAGCAGCCUCCCCACGGGGACCGGGGCUGUCAGUGUCCCAGCUGUCGACCUCGCCGUGGGGCAGGGGCCAAGCCCCGGUGCCGCUCGGCCGUAGCUCUCGGCAGGAUGGGGGAAUCACUCACCUGGAGGCCGACCUUGGCUCGCCAGACCCGGAGCCCUGCACCGGUGACCAGUUGCGGGCGCUGCCCUUCACCCCACUGCAGGUGCCCAUCGCUGCCGUGGGGCUGCAGGCAGGCAGUUCCCGCACAGUGCUCUCCCGUGCCUCCCUGGCACGCCUGCACGCCGCCGGCUUCCCGGAGAUCCUGGACCAUGACCAGGAGCCGGUGGAAAUCUCGGAGCCAGGGGACCCAGGAAGUUUCAACCCACAGCUGGAGGAGGCUGACCCUCUGCAAGGCAAUGAAAUUAUCCUGCAGUUCCUGGCUUUCGGCAGGGAUGCCCAGGACAACGCAGAGGGGAUGUGGCCAAGGACCAUCUUCCUCACCUUCCAGUUCUACCGUUUCCCACCGGUCACCACGCCGCGGUUGCAGCUGGUCAGCACAGACAAGGGACCGGCAACCAGGCUGGCUGUGCCGGCGCCGCUCCUUGUGCGGGUGAACAAGGAUGGGACCCUCAAUCGACCGCCGGGCUUGCAGCUGAAGUACAUGGUGGAUCCCACUUUCCUGCGACCCGGGGAGCAGCGCUGGUUUGUGCGGUACCUGGCCGAGCACAGUCUCCAGAUUGACAUCUGGGAUGGAGACUCCCUGCUCCUUGUUGGGUCUGCUGCUGUUAAACUGGAGUCUCUGCUGCGCCAGGGCCGGGCGGCCGUCAGGACCCACCACGAGCUGGAGGUGGCCACGACUGAGUACGAGCCGGACAUGACGGUGAUCGGCCGGGAAGCACUGCGGCACGGUGCCCUGCGGCCCCUCGGUGUCCGCGUGGCGGUGAGGGGCCACCUCCACCUCUGCCUUGCCAACGUUG